AUGUAUCAAUCCAAGGGCAGGUUUUCAGCCAUCGUUUGCCCUCUGAGCGCCGAGUCUGAGUGUACUCGGCCGUACUGUCAUUUCAAGCAUGCGCCUCGAGAGAUCGCACGAGCAGCUCCCGAGUCAUGCGAGCUCGAUAAGAGCUUCCAAAUCGCCGCACCUGUACCGCUACCAUCAGCUGAUCGGCGGCUCUCGGAGACGGGUCCGCAAGUCGAAGUCGUCAGUCCGAAGAUAGAACUCAAGAUUCCAAAGAGCCAUAUUCCUGCGAUAAGGGUUCCACAGUAUCGGCCGACGCCCCUUGCCAUUCUACAGAAGCGCAAUCAAACUUCAUCAGCCAAAACCGCAGGCUCGACAAGCUUGAAAUCGUCGAAGCCAUCGGCGUAUACACCACAAUACGUCCCCAAGCCCGUUGUGAAGCCGAAUGCCUCAUCCUCGCUUGAAGCGAAAUUCUCAUCCGAUGAAGAAGAUGACAACGAAGAGGAAAUACUUAAGGAGAUUUUCCAGGAAGCUGAACCAGGUGGCACCGUCAACGAAAACGAGGAUAUACAACGGGUAGAAGUGAAAGACAUCCGAGAACGACCGGCGGAAAAAGACGUGACGGAAUCUGGGACGAAAGACGUCAAAGAAGAGCCCCCAAUAAGUCGUCAUGAGCAUGUGGACAAGAAGGUUGAUGAUGUAAUCGAGUUGAGCGAUGAAGACCCUGAAGCCGAGUGUUUGAGAUUGUUCCAAGAAGGGGGCGUCGUUCCUCAGCCCUCGCGAUCUGACUCCCCCGAGCCUCAGAGGGAACCGUCUAAAGUGAUUGAAAUGGUGGGCACGACGCGCAAAAGGAUCGCGCAUGACCCGUCCCUGAAACCCAGCGUGGUUCCCAAAAAGAUUAUCAGACCCUCCCCGAGCCAACAAUUGGCGAUGCGUCUCGAAGCCGUGGCGAGAUUCCAGAGACAGAAGUCUUCGGAGUUUCCGUCAUCUACAGUGAUAGAAAGGAGAAGGAUAGCCACUGUGUCAUCUAGUUUGAUCAAAGCCGUUGUGAAUAAAAAUAGUCUCCAGCUCCCGAAAGCCACGACGCCCGCAAGCGCGAAUGAGAGAUCUCUUCCAUCACCGCCCGUUCAGCGAGUGUCGUUGAAUGUUCCAAAACCUCAUGCGACUAAUCACGUCCAAACGAAGGGUGUGAAUCGCGUCGCUCACCCUGCCGUUUUCCGCGCUCCGGCUCACGACCCCGCCGCACCACCUCGACCGAGGAUCCCUUUCGAUUCAAAGGCUAAAGUUCCUGCUAAUGUUCGUCAAAUGUAUCUCGAGAAGUUGAUCGACGCGAACAAUCUGGCUUGUACUACUUACGAGGAAAGUUAUCAAAAGUCUUUGGACGAAGAGCGCGAUGCUUGUCAGCGCUCCAAAGACAAGAAGGUCUAUCUUAGCGUGAUGGCGAAUCUGCUUGUCAAGAUAAAGAAGCAGAGCGGCGAGAUAAGGCCGGCAACGACGACGACCCCGGCUCUGUCUCACGCGGACAUCCUCGGCGGGCCCAAAGCCAAGAAGAUGUCGUUUUCGAUCGAGAAGAAUCGCUUCCGACGGCAUGUCUCCGUGGAGAACAUCACAGAAGAACAAUUCUACGAUCAUCUUAAGGCAAACUAUUUAAUGACGCCGGCAGAGCUCGAAAGCAUGGGCUAUCCCCGACCACAUGACAGCAUGGCUGGGCGUGCUCAGUUUCGCAACGAAAAAGCUCUCACGGCGCCGCCUGAUCCCCGGCUCGGAUCCGAGCGACUUUGCUGCAGAUGUAAAAAAGUGUUCUUCGUCGACGAGAAAGGACUCUACGUGAAACGGGAACUCUGCACAUAUCAUUGGGGCAAGAAUUGGACGCGGAGAGUCAAGAAAGGGAACACGAGAGAGCAGCAGUACACUUGUUGCGACGCCGAGUCCGGAAGCGAAGGAUGCUGCGUGGCUCAAGGUCACGUUUUCGAAAAUCCACCUCUGACUGAAGAUGUCGGAUACUGCACAACAAUGACGUCGGACUCAUCGUAUCCUAAAAAAGUGUUCGCUCUGGAUUGUGAGAUGAUCUACACGACCAAAGGCACGGAAUUAGCCCGAGUGUCGGUCGUGGACCUCAACAUGAAAACCGUUUACGAGACCAAGGUCAUGCCGGAGAACCCGGUUCUCGACUACAACACCCGGUUCAGUGGAUUAAAGAUGGAGGAUCUCGAGAAGUGUACCACUUCGAUAUACGAGGUUCAGGCCGUUCUGUUGAGUAUGUUCUCUGCCGAUACGAUUUUGAUGGGCCACAGCUUGGAGUCGGAUCUCAAAGCAUUGAAGCUGAUACACUCGACCGUCGUCGAUACAUCAAUGGUUUUCCCCCACAAAAUGGGAUUGCCCUACAAGCGAGCUCUCAAGAACCUCCUCAAAGAGUAUUGUCAAAAAAUUAUACAGGAUGGAGUCGACGGGCACGACAGCGCUGAGGAUGCGCGAGCUUGUAUAGAACUGAUGCUUCGGAAAGUUAAAGAAGAUCUCAAAUCGAUGUGAAGGAACUCCGAGCUCCGGUUACGCGAAACUCAUGAGGAACCGGGUGAAAGAUAAAGGACGACAGCGGGAAAUCUUCCUUCAUGUGAAAGCGUACCGGGAAAUGUAUCGAUGAAACUGGCGGUAUGAAAAAAGAAAAUACAGGCAAAAAACAAAAACCAAUUCUGUGUUGAACAACUCAUGAUUGCGCAGAAACUGACGCUUCCCGUAUCGGGACUGGCUCGAGAUAUCACGUGAGGAUAUGUGAAAGUUGCCGAAACGCAUGGAUAUGCGCC